GGUAAAGUGUGUGCGCAUAAUCCGUGCUAAGCCAUUGGUAAAACAUUAUUCAGUGGCGCGACGUUGUGCAGAUCUACCUGCGUUAAUUCUACAAUAAAAUUCGGGGGUAAGCGCUGAUAGCUCCGCCGAUCAACAUACUCAUCAACGAAGAAUUAUACAUGUGUAGAAAUCAUACUCGUAUAUAUGUGUACAUAUCGACCCAGCUGUAAUAAACUGAGGAACAUUGGCGGAUCUUCGAUCAGAAUGCUCUAGAUUGCACUUCACAUUCUCAUCCCACGUCUUGGCUUUUCCAAUCUUUUGUACUGCAGAAUUGAUGAGUGUGCCGGAUGAUGCGGAUCCCAUGACGCUUUCAUAGAAGAAAAGCUUGCUGAACACAGCGGAAUUUAACGCUCUGCAACGGACACCAUGGCGAACAGUUGGAUUUUCCGGAAAUCUGCUAUGCUCAUAAUAUUGGCUGUGUUAAUUGGAUUAUUCAUAAAAAACGCUGCUGGCAAUACGCGGCCAUUACGACAGAGUUAUGCUUGCGAAGGAGCCACUCUCAACAUAAAAUGUGAUAAUCCGGGAGAGGAGCCCGGCCAGCGAAUACGCAUCGUUCGUGCCAAUUAUGGACGGUUUAGCGUCAGUGUGUGUAAUCCCGAUGGAGUCUCCAGCUGGUCAACAAAGUGCACCUCGCACACAUCAGUACCAGUCUUGACCGAAAAAUGCAGUAAAAAGCCUUCCUGCUCAGUGGAAGUGGCCGAUCGGACAUUCGGUGAUGACCCUUGCCCAGACACCUUCAAAUAUCUCGAAGUUCAUUAUGAGUGCACUUCCGAAAACACUGCAACGCCGAGGCCAACGGAGACAUUGCAGCCAGCGCUGCCCACACGACCGGCCGCAGCCGCGUUUUACAGUGUCGUUUUCACAAUUACCACCCCAUCGAGUACAACAAUGGCAACAAGCCCCCCGACUCAACCAACGAGCACAACACCCACUUCACCGCCGACAACAAGCACCACACAGCCGACAACAAGUGAUUUAAUUGCCGAGCCCCCGACAACGGCACCUGUCGAGCCAUUGAUUGACACCGGUUCAAUCACAGGCAGGCCGAAUUGGAGAACGAGGAUGCAAGAUUCUCCUCAGUCGAACAAUGCACCGAGUUACAAUCUUCCGGGUCAAUUUGUGCAGCAGCCGUCCGAUUCGGUGCAGUCGCCGGCAGCGACAGAAUCCUGUCCAUCUGUCAUGCGCCUAGGCAUCCGUUGGCCCAUUACACCAAAGGGAGCCACGGCCUUCCAAAAGUGUCUGCAGAAUUCUGAAGCUUUCGCCGAAUGGACUUGCGAGGACACCAAUCCGCCGAGAUGGAAGGGCUUCCCCGAUAUCCGCCAGUGCACCAGUUCCUGGAUGGACGACAUCCGCCGGAAGGCCGGCGGGGACGUACAACCGGAAAAGCUUGCCGAGGAGUUGGCACGCCAGACGUCUAGAAACGCUCUGAAAUCCGGCGGUGACAUGUCGAGCGCGGUGGACCUUAUUAACAAGAUCGUGGUACGAGGACAGCGGGCGCUGGCACGAAUGGUGGCCGAUGACACACAAGAUAUUGGCGUGCAGAAAUUGGGGGAACAGGUCUUGAAGGCGGGAAGCAAUCUGUUGGACGUACGGCAUAAUGCCUCCUGGGUGGAACUGAGCGAGGAGAACCGCGCUGAGACGGCGACGACACUGAUCGUAUCGCUGGAAACUACGGCGUUCAUGCUAGCGGAGAACGUUCCCGUGGGAUCGAUUCUGACGAGUUUCGAUAAUAAUAUCGUCAUGGGUGUUGGGAAAUUUCAUACGAAACAGAUGGAAAGAAAUUACAAGUUACCACCGAAGAACAACGAUACCAUGGGAGUAUACACCGCGGACAGCAUAGAGUUCACAGCGGCGGCAUUGCAGGAUCAUACCCAGGAAAAUAUGGUCAAGCUGGUAUUCCUGUCCUAUAACAAUGUUGGUCAAUAUUUGGAAGCGGUGGGCACGACGUCGACCGGUAAUGUGCCGGCUGGUAUGGUUGUCAAUUCGAAGGUUAUAUCGGCGGCAAUCAAUGGUGUGCAUCGAGCCACUCAGCUGAAGGAACCGGUUAUCAUCACGCUCGAACACACUGUUCCGGCAAAUGGCCAGCCAACCAUGUGUGCUUUUUGGGAUUACAAAAACGAUAAGGAGAUGAAUUUCCAAGGAGCUUGGUCGACGCGCGGCUGUGUGGUGGUCAAGAGCUACAGCCAUAAGACCGUGUGCGAGUGCGACCAUUUGACGAAUUUUGCCGUUUUGAUGGAUGUUACGGGCACGAUAGGGACCUCGCCCCAUAACGAUGCAUUGACCAAAAUAACGAUCAUAGGUUGCUCAAUCUCCAUCGUCUGCUUGCUGGUUACUUUAAUUAUCUUCUGGUCGUUCCGAAGCCUGCAAUCGGAGCGCACGACCAUUCACAAAAAUUUGGCCUUCUGCUUGAUGAUGGCGGAGAUAAUGUUCAUUUCCGGCAUUAACCAGACCCAGCUGCCCGUGGGAUGUCACAUUUUUUCCGCGCUGAUGCAUUAUUUUUUCUUGGCCACGUUUGCCUGGUCAUUAUUUGAGGGAUUAAAUUUAUGGUGGAUGCUGGUUGAAGUUUUUGAUUCCGAAAAAUCGCGUCGCGUGUAUUAUUAUCUGGCUGGCUACGGUGUCCCAUUGCUAAUUGUGGCCGUGUGUUUGGCGGUGGACUGGCGCAGUUAUGCGACACCGGAUUACUGUUGGCUCCGCGCCGACAAUUACUUCAUUCUGAGUUUCGUUAUUCCUGUUGGACUAAUUAUUGUGCUGAACGUCAUGUUUCUUUCAAUGGCCAUGUACUUUAUGUGCCAAAAUCAUGGACGACAAACGGCACUGCGUGCGCGUGAUCCUAGCUCGUGGAUGCAUAUCAAAACAUGGAUUUCCGGUGCAAUUGGCCUGACGUUUCUCAUGAGCAUUACAUGGGUUUUUGGAUUCCUUUAUGUUGGCAAUUUGGAGACGAUCAUAUUUGCAUAUAUCUUCACAUUCUUGAAUAGUGUGCAGGGGCUAUUCAUCUUCGUGCUCGUUUGUCUGCGAAACGAUAAGGUUAAAAUCGCUCUGAGGCAGUUUAUUUCCAAUCAGUCCGAGCGCUUUGCUAGCAGUAUAUGCACACGUUCAACAUCAUCGUUUUCCGACAACAAUCCAUCCACUGGUCAAGGAUUUUACCAGUGCUCGCCGCCUCUGGACAAAGAACAACCGUACAUGCAUAAUUAUGCUCCUUAUUAUGGACCACGUUACGAUACGUCUCGCCGCAACACCGUCACCAGCACGCUUCCGCCUCACUCUCCAGCGCCCGUGUUGCAGUGCACUUGCGAACACCCUGAAUGCCCGGAGCAGAGCUCCACCCGCAGUUCCAAUCGGGAUUCCGGGCAUGAAUCUGUCUCCUGUCCCAGCGCUGAGUCACCGCCCAUGCAGCCCAUUCACAUCCACCAGCGCACUUUGUAUCCCCCUUCCGUGGCCCGUAAGCAGGCCUCCCAAGUCCUGCAAGCAGAAUAUCCGGCUGUCGCGGCACGUGUUGCCGCCCGCAACGCCCGCCACUUGUACGGACGCCACUGUCUGGAUCCUAAUGAGCAUAUUUACGCGGAAAUUGAUGCUCAGCAGCUGGAAGAGGAAAUGUGUCCGUACAGUGAAUCAGACGAGUCCAACACGUCCAUCUACCAGCAGGGCGGGUCGGAUAUGAGUACGGACGAAGAGCACUCGCGCCGGAUGCCCUGGGUGUGCGAGGCAGACGGACAUCGCAAAGUGCCCAGCUAUCGACCCAGCCUGAGCAGUACCGGGACCAGUGAGCAUAAACCGCUGAUUAACUUCAUGGGGCGCAUGCCCGUGGAUGGCAAGCAUUCAUUAGGUUGCCGGUCAUGCUGCUCCACCAAUUCCCAUCGUAUCCGUCAUACCGCACCCCGCCAACCCGUCAUGCUCAUCCCGGACAAUCAAGCGUAUGUUAACUCAGCGGCAAUGCCUAACGUGCACGGCCACUUGCCGCUUGAAAUGCCAGCAGUUGGGAUGCCUGGGACGAUGAACAUUCCCCUGCAACAGGGGAACUACAAUGCAUUCGGGCUCACUUCGUUCUGUGAUGGAUCGAAGAUGGUGAGACGCUUGCCGCUCAUGCCAAAGCCACCGGAACAGCCGCUAUCGUACAGCGAAUGUUGAACGGACGGACAAAGAUAUCCAAUCACUCGACAAAUAUUUCUUCCAGGCGCGGUUGCACCGUUGUGUGCCAUAAUUCUGUUGCUUUCUCGUUGUGGAUCGUCUCCACUUGGCAGGACAAGGAAAGUGGACCAAAAUGUGAUAGAAUUCCUUUUAUAGAGUUUGUUCUUGUUGAUGAUUUGUGCGAGUUCGUUUGCUGACCCGACCGUGGUUUUAUCCCAUGUAGAGACGAAACUCAGUUUGCUGAGCAGUUUUUCAGUUUUAUGUGUUGCGUUUUAUGCUGUUCUUCCGGACAGCUGUUAACCAGUGCUCACGGUUUUGUGUCUUUAUGUAAGUUCUGUAUACUGGAAAUUGUAAUCAAGAAAUUAAUUUGA